AUGAAAUCCAUCACCGCCAUCACCUGCACUCUUCUGACAGCUGCCCAUCUCGUCAGCGCCGUCCCUGCACCACAGGCAGCUACCACGCCAGUAGACUCAAAUGAUACAACUGGACAGUCCGUCUCAGUCUCGUACGAUCAAAAAUAUGACGUCGGGACAUCAUCUCUGAAUACGGUCGCUUGCUCAGAUGGUGCCAAUGGCCUCGAAAGCGACGACUACACAACCUUUGGCUCGCUUCCCACGUUCCCAUUGAUCGGCGGUGCACCCACCAUCGAUGGUUGGAACAGUUCAGCCUGCGGCACAUGCUACCAGCUGCACUUCCAGUCCGGCAAGAUUGACGAGACCAUCAAUAUUCUUGCUAUUGACGCGGCCACGGGUGGAUUCAACAUCGGCCUUACGGCUAUGAACCGCCUGACCAAUGGCCAGGCUGAGAAUCUGGGUCGUGUGACUGCCACCUACUUUGAAGUGGAUGGCAGCAUUUGUGGUCUCAGCUCGGAGAAUUGA